AUGGAUAAAAAGCUCAAGGAUGGCGUCGUUGGGGCUCACUCGCGCCACACUAAUUUACUACAGAAUGACAAACGCCUGGUCCCAGUCUGGGUACUUGUGAUGAUUGGACUGCUAGUUAGCGCAGAGGUGUACAUCAUCAGUACGUCACAAGCUUGCAAUUUUUGGGAGAAAAAGUGCACUCCUACAGUUGUAGACGCCAACGAUGUCGAGAGUGCACUUUUUCACCGAUAUUACACGGAACUGAAGAGCAUCGGUGCGUUGCCACCACCUGAUAUAGGGAAGAAACAUGCCAACCUCUGCAACACGGCAAAUCGGCUUCAAGCCCAAUACGAGUACUGUUUGCCGAUUUCGGGACGAAAGGACUCGCCGUUUUGCGAUGCAGCUGAUCGAAUGAAUUUACUUAACACGGAUAGUAAGUCAAUCUGUUUCGCCAGUGUACUGCACAUGCUGAUGGUCGAAGUGUACGAAGAGCUUCAAGCAACAGGAAAUACCCCGUUCCUCACUUUUGGGUCGUUGUUAGGAGCUGUACGCAACCAGUCAAUAAUCCAUUAUACCGAAGACGUUGAUAUCGGCUACGUUGAUAAAUUGAAGAUGGUCGACAAGUUAAGUGUUGCGCUGCAAAAGAAAGGCUAUCACAUGUUCUUCAAGGAUAUCUGGCGGGUGUGCGUGGCUCCGACUCACCCACUUGCUGGUCAUUUGUACGACCCAGACCAUUUAACGACUGAGAGUUUUGGCGUGCCGUACGUUGACUUGUACAUGAUGAUGCAAAUCAAAGGUACAGAUUGGAACUUAUUAGAGCUCGAAAAACUGCUGCCUAAAGACAGGGUUCAGCUAUUCUCGCAAGUUACAGUUAAUGGACAAGUGUUCGAUACGUUUCGCGAUCCAAAGUACUUCUUAACGGUAGCAUAUGGUUCGGACUAUAUGGUCCCAAAGUCCAGACAAACCCGUCAGUUGUAG